AUUUACUUUUUGUUAAAAAUUUCGGGUUCACUUGGUAGUUAGUGUUUGAGUGGGUGACAAGGAAGGAAAUCGUUUUGGGAAUUUUGGAUAAAAUUUGCAUUUUAUAGAGAAAAGAUGUCGCAUAACCGCCGUAUUCCCAGGGCCGAGGUGGAAGAAGCCUUCAAAAAGUUGGCGACUUACAAUGGGAAAGAUGAGACGUGCCAGGUGUGCGAUUUGGGUCCUUUGCUGACCGCGCUUGUAUACAUCUGCACCCCAGAACAGUUCACGGGAUAUGUGAAUCUAUGGAUCACAAAUUACAAUGGGAUAAUCCCAAUGGAUGUUAUCGCAAAAUUAGUGGCCUCGAUUGAUGACAAUGUUGAACUGAUGAGGAUCCACGUCACAGCGGGGGACAGAGAUAAAAACGGAUUUAUUGAUGAGGCGGAAUUUAAAAAUAUUGUACCCGUGUUGUUAGCACAUAAUCCAGAUUUUCCGAGAGUUGAUUAUGAAGAUUUUGUAAAGCAAGCGGACACGAAUAAAGAUGGGAAGGUUAGUAUUGACGAGGCCGUUGAAUGGUUUGCGGGCAGGGGGAAGAAGUAAGGAGGGUUUAAUGUAAUUAAGGAGAAAAAUAAAUAUAUGUGGGGUUAUUAUGAGAUAAAAUUAACAUAUAUGUGUCAACAUUUGUUGGAAUAUGUAUCCCAAGUAAAUAAAACAAGGUUGUUCGAUUA